CUUUCGUCCGCCUGGGCGAACCCCUUAUAGUCUCUUUUACUUUCCCGGCACUCAGCACCACCUGCACACCUGCACCAACAUGGAUCGGGACAGCCCUUCCUCGCUCCCCUCCACUCUCCUCGAGCCUCCACCCCCAGCGACCAUCAUCUCACCCCCCUCUCCGACAAAAGACCAGACAGUCACAGAAGAUACUUCGCCUUCUCAACUAGAGAUGAUUUCAUCCCAAGCAUCUUCUACUAUCGAGUCUCCAGACUCUCUUCCACAGCCCACUACUGACUCUCCACCGUCCAUUUCCACACCUCUACCGGUUUCGGCUUCGCCCGCCUUCCUCCGCCCCACAUCUCCCCCUUUUGCUUCGCCCUCUGUAUUCACCACUGUUCGAUCUCCUUCCCCAUCAUCGCCAUCCUUAAGGCCCAAAGGAACGCAUCAUCGCAGAACAAGCUCAGCUCAUCGUGUUCGUGAAACCAUUGAUGGCACGCAAACAGCCAACGAAGAUGGAGAACGGAUGAUCAACCAGUACAAAAUUGGGAUGAGCCUUGGGCAAGGAGCAUACGCCAAAGUUGAGCUAGGAGUUGAUAUAAACACUGGCCUGAAAUACGCAAUCAAAGAGUUUUCAAAAUCCAGGCUUCAUCACCAAUCCCUUCAAGAGAAACAUCGUGCAAGCAUGCGAAGUAAGUUACGGAAAGGAAGGGAGCGAAAAGCAAUGAGUGGGGAUAAAGGAGAAAGUCAAGAACGGCCGCCGCAACCCAUGGAAAAGGAGGAGAUGUCCGGCGCUUUGGACAACACACAAUCUGGAGAUGAGAAGAUGGAAGACCCAUUGGGGCUGAUCCGACGGGAAAUUGCUGUGAUGAAAAAGCUCGAUCAUCCCAAUCUUGUGCAUCUGUAUGAGGCCAUAUCAGUUUCUACCGCCGAUGCUCUAUUUCUCGUGCUGGAAUACAUGCCGGGGGGAACCCUUAUGAAAGUCAAAGUUGGGCAAGACGACUCAAAUGCCCAGCCGACCUUUGAUCGCGAACAGACUAGGGAAUACUUCAGGCAACUUUGUCUUGGCUUGGAAUACCUGCAUGCCAAUGAAAUUGUACAUCGCGAUAUCAAACCAGAGAAUAUACUCCUCUCUGCAGAUAGGCAACUCGUUAAACUAUGUGAUUUUGGUGUAUCAGAGAUGUUCACCAAGACUGGGGAUGACAGGAUUCAAAAAUCUGGUGGUAGCCCAGCAUUUCAAAGCCCUGAAAGCUUCCAACCGAGCGGUGAAUUACAUGGGAAGGCAGUAGAUAUCUGGGCUCUUGGUGUCACUCUUUAUUGCAUGUUGACCGGCACUUUGCCCUUCAAUUAUCCAAAUAUCAUCGAGCUGUACGCUGCUGUCGUGGAAAGAAGCCCGCGAAUUCCUGAAGAUUGGGAUGCCUCGCUUCGGGAUUUAAUGGAGCGCAUGCUUUGCAAAGAUCCGGCAUUGCGUAUUGACAUGUCGAGUUUACGAGAACAUCCGUGGACAACGGACGAAACGCGCUUACCGAUGAUCGACACGGAAGAGAACUUGUAUGAAGUCGGCAAGCAAGUGGAAGAGCCCACUCAAGAUGAGAUCAAGGACGCGAUUGUGACAUUCAGGGGCAUCCUAUACGUCAUGCGGGCAGUCCAUAAGAUGCGCCGACUACACUUACACCGCUCAUCGCCAUCCCGAGGUGCCACUUCAUCCCCUGGCGAUUCCGCCAAUGUCUCAUUUGCAUCAGAAUCAAUGGAUUCCUACGUUUCUCGCGAUCCUUUAACUUCCACCACUUCACUGUCUUCAGAUGGAGAAGACGGACCGUUCAAGGACAUUGCAGGGAAUAAAGUCACGAGUCCUAGGCAAAUGAGUCUGGCAUCUCCAGCGGAUACUGAGAAACCUGACGCAACACCUUUCAUGUCCUUUGGGGACAUUGAGCCCAUCAAGACCGACGUGCAAGAAAAUGUGGAUGGAGUUGUACUUGUUGAUUCUCCGACAUCCGAGAAUGAAGACGCAGAGACUGAAAAAUUGGGAAGCGGCUCAAGCCGUGAUCUGUAAUUAUGAGCUGCGUUGUAUGGGAAGAGAAUGCAGAGUAUUAUCAGUCAAGAACACAACUCUGGCGUUGCUUAUUGGAACUUAGGUGUUCGCGUGGCUGCAUAUGUGCAGUUUGUGGGCGAGCUUAAACAGUGCGUGAACAGGCGGUGGUAUCUGCAUCGGGAUAGUCUAUAGAACAUCUAAGCCUUCGAUUGUUGAGGAGCGCUGGGCGCUUGUAAAGCUUGGAAUUGUUGCUGCAGUACGAUAAUCUGAGAGAUACACUGUUAUGAACGAGGUUCGUAACGCAUUGAAGACUGCAGGGACGCACCUCUUCCUUCUUUCUACCUGCCUUAUCUUCAACUUCUUUCAACUGGCUCUCUACUCUUUU